UCGCUCCUACUGAAAGACCAACCAUCGCUCCUACUGAAGGACCAACUGUCGCUCCUACUGAAGGACCAACCGUCAAUCCCACUGAAGGUCACACCAUCACUCAAACUGAAGGGCCAAGCGUCGCUCUGACUAAUGGCCUCACCUUCUCUCCAGCUGAAGGACCCAUUGCCACUCCAACUGAAAGACCAUCCAUCGAUCCAGUAGGACUUACUGUCGCUCAAACUGAAGGUCCCGCCAUUGCUGUGACUGAAGCAAACACCAUUGAUAUGACAGAAGUGCCUACCAUUGCUAUGACGGAAGCACCCACUUUUGCUCCAACUGAAGGACCCACAGUCAACUUUACCUCAUCUGCUCAAUGCUUUGUCCCCAUGCCUCCUGCUCCAAGUCAAUCAUUCUCACUACCAAGCUACCAACCAUCUCAACAGACCGACAAUCUUAUGGUUCAAAUGAUACAACACAUGAUGAAUACAGAGAAAAAUAAUGCAAGGAUCUGGGAGAAGAUGGCUGAUAUAGCUAGAGAACAAGCCCAAGUCCAAAACAAAGUGAUGAAUCUCCUCAUGGAAAGGCAACAGCCUCAACCAUUAAUACAACCAUCAGCAACACAACAAUGGAUAAGCACGAACCAAUAUCCAUCCAGCCUAACCUUAGACAGCCAGUCUUCUCGGAGCCAAUCAGUGUCCAGUUCAAGUACUGUAACUCAACCCUCUACCAAUGCAGCAGAGUUGGUAAACGACCCAGUAGGGGUGCCUAGCGAUACGUUGUCAAGCGAUAUGACAUCCCUAACAGCAGAAGACAGUGAACUUCUUGAGGGUUUAUUAGAUGAUAUAGCAGAUCCUGCCAGUCAAACAGAGAGAGAGUACCAUCCCCUUGUGGAGCCGAGAGAUGAUGCGGAGAAAGCAACAAUGUUAAGGACUUCGAUACCAGAUUCACUGCAACGGAAUGCAUUGGCACAGAGAUUCAUGCCGAAGGCCACCAAAGCACUAGUCCAAGGAAUGUUUACAUACAGGGAGCUUACGUUUAUGAAUCUGACUGGGAAGGCUAACGGAAAUAAAACAAUUGUAGGGAUAUUGGAUGCUGUGAGACUCAAAGCAAUUAUUGAUUUUAUAAAGAGCAAAUUUAAUUGCGAUGAGAGUGCUGUAAGGCUGGAAAUCGGGAAAAAGAUCAGAGAUACCCAAAACCC